GGUGGCGCGGCGCCCGCGCUUUUCCCGGCCACCCGGCCCCGGGCGGCCGAAACGGCGGGGCGGGCAUGGCAGAGACGCGGCCGGGGCCGGAGCGGGGGCUGCAGCUCAGCGCGCUGCCGGACCAGUCCCCGCUGUUGCAACCCGCCCUGGCCGAGCUGCGGCGCCAGGCCCGGGCGGCCGGCGCUCCGCCGACGCCGCUGCCCCUCACCGAUUCCUUCCUGCUGCGGUUCCUGCGCGCCCGGGACUUCGACCUCGACCUGGCCUGGCGGUUACUUAAAAACUAUUAUAAGUGGAGGGCAGAAUGUCCAGAAAUAAGUGCCGAUCUACGCCCUAGAAGUAUCCUUGGCCUUCUGAAGGCCGGUUACCUUGGAGUUCUGAGAGCCAGAGAUCCCACUGGCAGCAAAGUUCUUAUUUACAGAAUCGCACAAUGGGACCCAAAAGUUUUCACAGCUUAUGAUGUUUUCCGUGUAAGUCUAAUCACAUCCGAGCUUAUUGUAGAGGAGGUAGAAACCCAACGGAAUGGUAUCAAAGCUGUCUUUGAUCUAGAAGGCUGGCAGUUUUCUCACGCUUUUCAAAUUACCCCAUCGGUAGCCAAGAAGAUUGCUGCUGUUCUUACAGAUUCCUUUCCAUUAAAAGUUCGCGGUAUCCAUUUGAUAAAUGAGCCAAUAAUUUUUCAUGCUGUCUUUUCCAUGAUUAAACCAUUCCUGACUGAAAAAAUUAAGGAACGGAUUCAUAUGCAUGGGAACAAUUACAAACAAAGCUUACUUCAGCAUUUCCCAGACAUUCUUCCUCUGGAAUACGGUGGUACAGAAUUCUCCAUGGAGGACAUUUGUCAGGAGUGGACAAAUUUUAUAAUGAAGUCUGAAAAUUAUCUCAGCAGCAUUUCACAGAUCAAUCAAUGAGAAGAAGUUAUUUAAUGUGAAUAUUAAAUAUACAUGAGUGAGAUCCUACCUGGUUACAUGAAUGAAAGAAAAAUAAUCUUUUUAAACUAGUUAAUGCUUGUCUGAUUGAUCUUCUAAAAUGUAAAACUCUUCUGACAUAAGCAACAUGGGGAUUUGGAAAACUGCUUUUUAAAUGCAUUUUAUCUUUCAGGUAGUUAAAUGUUAGUACUUCUUGAAAGCAUAGAAGAGAUUCCUGGUUUUUGUACUUGAAGUUAUCUCUUAAAGUAGCUAUUCAUGUUCACCUUUGUAUAUUUCUGAAAAGUUUCCUUUUAACCAAGUUAUUUGACUACAUUGGUUUAGGAAUAAGUGUACUACAAAUAGUCCAUGAAAAAGAAGUAUUAGUACAAAUCAUCUGAUGAUAAAAAUCUAUCAACAUCCAUCAUGGGUGGGUGUCAGAUUAGAUUAUAAUUCAGAUUAAAAUCUGAAUACAGUUUUACAGAGUUAUUUCUAUGGGCCAGCAAGACAGUUUAUCUCAGGGAGGUUCUAUUUCAGCAUAAUUUGCACAAUAGAAAAUUUUGAUUGAAGAGUCUAGAUACCAUAAACUAUUGUAUGUAACAUCUAGAGGUCUCUGAAAUUACUCAUGUUGACAAAAUUGAUAAUCAAAAAUAAUUUAGGAAAUAUUUUAGGUAUAGCUGAUGGCUUCUUUUUUUUUUUUUUU